AUGGCAUGCGCGGGUUGGGAGAAACGGCCCGAAGGCAGGUUGAAGGAGGAUAGCGGCCGAUGGGGACGUCGACCUCCUUUCACAGGCUUCAGGUUUGGAAAGCCAAAAAUCCCGCCACCUUCCGAUACACAUUUGUUGUCAUGUCUACCCCCUGGUAAGCCUGUGGACUGGAACCAAUGCUGGCUGUUUUUUACCUCUGCGCCGCAGCCAGCAGUGCAGAUAUCAGGUUGUUGUAGCGUUGUCACGGGCGCAGCCGCCUCAGCCCAGACUGCGGGCUCCAAUGCUGUCGCUGGCCACGCCAUCCAUGGCUUGACUGCGGGAUCGAUUCGAGUCAGCCAACAUCACGCCAAUUGA